AUGUCGUUAGACGAUUUCGCCAUCAUAUUGGGAAGGAUAGAAGGGAAAAUUGCCAAAACCGACACCAACUUCCGAGAGUGCGUUCCUGCAUCAGUCCGGUUGGCGAUAACUCUUCGAUUUUUAGCAAGUGGUGACUCGUACGGUAGCCUCAUGUAUCUCUUCAGGGUUUCUAAGCCUACAAUUUCUUUACUUGUUCCUGAAGUCUGUCGGGCCAUCGUAGAAGCACUACAGGAGUAUGUCAAGAUGCCCGAAAAUGAAGAACAGUGGCUAUGCGAAUCCAAGAAAUUUGAAGAGAAGUGGGACUUCCCCCAUGCUGUUGGAGCCAUCGACGGAAAGCAUGUAGCAAUACAAUGUCCGCCCAAAAGCGGGAGCGAAUACUUCAACUACAAGUCCUUUUUCAGUUUUGUAUUAUUUGCGCUUGUCGACGCUGAUUAUAACUUCAUGUUUGUGGACGUUGGAUGUCAAGGCAGGAUUUCAGAUGGUGGAGUUUUCAAAAAUUCUCUCAGUUGUACGACAAUAUUGAAAAAGGGCAACUUGAAACUUCCCCCACCAUCUCCACUGCCGAAUUCGAGUAUCCCCAGCCCGUACGUCAUUUUGGGGGACGAUGCUUUUUGCAUUGAGUGA